CGAAAAUCUCCAAAGCAGUCGGGGGGGGAACGAAAACAUAGUUGGACUGCCUGCCCUGCUUGUGGUAACACGUGUGCGUUUAUCCCGGUGUACAUAAACGCAAAAAUGCCGAAGGCAGCAAGGGGAAAAGGGACGGUGGAGAAGAAAGUUGUUCAUCCGUUUAGUCGGAAAGCAGGAUACAUGGCCAGAGCGGCCGCAAAAUCGGAUAAGAAGGAGAGACAGAAGGGCGAAAAAGCGCAACGUCUGAACUUAAUUCGAGAAAAGCUGUUAUGGUUCCAGAAUGAACUGGAUUCAGAGACGAAAGAAUACGCCAAACAAGAAACCUGCAACAUAAUUGAAAGGUAUCUUCACCGCUUUGAUGCGGAGUUGGAGCAGGUUGAGUUGGCGAACAGUAUCAAAGGUCGCCAGGGACGACAGCAUGGGUCUAGAGAGGCCGUCAUUAAACAGAUCAUGGAGCGCGAGAGGGCGCAGUAUGAGGGGAAUGGUUUUGAAAUUCCAGAUAUCAUGAACACCAAACAUCUUAAAGUUUUCCGAGAGUGGGAUGGAGACCUGAAAAAGCUGCCCAACAUUAAGAUGAGGAAGCUCUCUGCUCGAGGAGCGAGUCAGGGGACUCACAAACCCACAGAGGAAGAGGAGGAUAUUGGACAGAAAGAUGAUGAUGAUGAUGAUCAGGAAGCGUUGGAUGUUGACUUUGAGGAUGAAGAUUUAUGACACUGAGUGCAUAUGUGGAUUAAAAUUGGACACGUGUGUGUGUGUGAAGCCA